AUGGAUUACGACGGAGGCUUCACUUUCGACUCCCAGGGCGGCUCACAAAAGCCCGCCAACAGCGGCAGCGUCAUCCCCGUGACGCUCAAACAGCUCAACGACGCGUUCAACAACUCGCCACCGGCCGGCGCGUUGCAGAUUGACGGCGUCCCAUCGCAGCACGUGGCCCUAUGCGGCAAGAUUAUCCUGCUCGAAAGCAAGCCAUCCUUCUUCAUGCUGACGGUCGACGACGGCACCGGGUCCACGGACGUGCGGUUGUUCCGAAAAGGCACCGAGGACGACGAGAACAGCGAGCUAACCGUCAAGGAGGGCGACUACAUCUCCUGCGUCGCGGCGCUCAAGUCGUUCAACAACAAAUGGAUGGUCAACUCGUCCGGGGUGGCGGCCGUGACGGACUUCAACCACGUCAUUUUCCACCAGAUGCAGUCGCUGCAGACCCACCUCAAGGCCACCGGCGCCAAGCCCAGUGGCGGGGCCGACGGCGUCAAGAGCGAGUCCAAGUCCGGCGCCGAUCUCUUUGUCGCCGACAACAGCAAUGACGCGCUGUUUGAGAUUGUACGCGAACUGACGGUCAUGUGUCCUGACGGCGUCCCCACCGAGCAGAUUGCUUCUGUGGCCAAGAUGUCGGUGGACGAGUCGCGGGACAAGUUGCAGGAGCUCAUCACCGAGGGACGCGUCAUGGAGUGUAUGGACAAUCACUACAUGUGUAUUGCAUAG